AUGGCGGAGAUCGCCGGCCUUGUACUCGGGGCCGUGCCUCUGCUCAUAUCUGCCUUGGAGCACUAUCGAGACAUCAUUGAUCCCGUUAUUAGAUUUAAGAAUUGGAGGGGCGAUCUUAAGAAUAACAUUCGAAGGCUAGCUGUAGAGCGCGCAACUUAUCACGAUAAUCUACGAGUCUUGUUAUCGAAAGCCGUGCGCUCCACCAAGAUGGAGGAGAUGAUCAGCGAUCCGCAGUGUGAACUUUGGACAGACGAAAACUUGACAGGUGACUUGAGGGACGAAUGGAACAGCUCUUAUGAGCCUUGCAUUGAUUUGGUUCGAGACAUUGGAGAAAACUUGGAGACAAUUGCAGCAAGUCUUAAUAUCGAAGGGUCGGACCAGGCCUGA